AAGUAAACCGGAAGUUAUCGUUGGUUAGCGGUAGCUCCAAAGCAAAGCAAAGCUCGGCCCAUCGGAGCUGAUUAUUGAUUAUUAGUGGGCAGUCGUUUGGUUUGCAGUCACGCGGAGCAGUCUGACUUCGACUCGGAGAGGAUGUGUGAGGAACAGACAGUGUCUCUGGUUGAUGUGCUGGAGGAAGAUGAGGAGUUGGAGGAAGAAGCUUCGGCCGUGUUGGCAGGAAGUGACUCAGACCACUGCUCGUACCCUCAGGGCUACGUGAAGCGGCAGGCUCUGUACGCCUGUAACACCUGCACACCAAAGAGCGGCGAGGCGGCUGGCAUCUGUUUGGCGUGCUCCUACAAAUGUCAUGAAGGUCAUGACCUCUUUGAACUCUACACCAAGAGGAACUUCCGCUGUGACUGUGGAAACAGGAAAUUCUCGGAGCUACAGUGUAAACUUCACCCGGACAAAGACGAGGUGAACGGUCUGAAUAAAUACAGUCAGAACUUCUUUGGAGUGUACUGCACCUGCGGCCGACCAUACCCAGACCCAGACGACCAGGUGGAGGACGAGAUGAUUCAGUGUGUGGUUUGCGAGGACUGGCUGCAUGGCAGGCACCUUGGCUGCGUGGUUCCAGACUGUGUGGAGCUUCAGGAGAUGAUCUGUGAGUCCUGUAUGAACAAACACUCAUUUCUCUGGACCUAUGCUGCUCACCUGGCAGUGCCAGCUGGAGCAGUGGGGGUGAAGGAGGAAACGGCAGAAGAGUCAGACGCCAGUGUUCCAACCAAAGAAGACCAGGUUGAUGAUGUCAUCGAGCCUAGCUGUAAGCGGAGCCGCGAGGAGGUGGAGCCAAGCUGCACACUGAAGGCGCUCCAGGCGAUUGGUCAUAAGAGAGUCCAAUCAGGAGCUGUGUUCUGGCCUUCUGCAUGGCGCUCUAAACUCUGUUCCUGCAGCACUUGCCAGGUGCACCUGUCUGAGGCCGGUCUGUCCUUCCUAUCGGAUGAGUCGGACACCGUCCUCGCCUAUGAGAACAAAGGAAAGAACAGUGAGCAGCGGCGACAGGAACACGACCCUCUGAUGUCAGCGCUUGACAACCUGAACCGCGUGCAGCAGCUCGAGAUCAUCCACGGAUACAACGACAUGAAAACUGAGCUGAAGGACUUCCUGCAGAGAUUUGCAGCUGAAGGAAAAGUUGUGACAUCUGAUGACAUCCGUCAGUUCUUCGAGCAGCAGAGUCGUAAAAGACGCAGAGUUGAUGCUGGAGCAUUCUACUGCACCUGAUUCCCUCUGACUUUGCCUUCAUCAGCUGACCUUUGACCCCCUGACUAAAUGAAACUUGUUGUAUAUUUCCUGUUUUAACUUUUAUAUAAUCUGUUCAGAUUUGUUGAGCGUCUUGUUUGUGUCUCAGUGAUGUCUUUGUUUCCUUUUUAAAGAAUCUAAUAAAACAGAAUCUGAACACUG